AUGGACAACAAAAUAAACUGGAAGCAACAUUUAUCCAAGAAAAGAAAACAGAUCGACUUGAAAAGUAAAGAGUUAAAUUGGCUGAUAGGACGCAAAUCAAAACUAAGCAUAGAAAACAAGUUACUGAUAUACAAAGCCAUCAUCAAGCCCAUUUGGACUUACGGGAUCGAACUCUGGGGCUGCGCUAGCAAGUCAAACCUUUCAAUCAUUCAACGAGCUCAAUCAAAAAUCCUUAGAAGCAUUGCAGAUGCGCCUUGGUAUGUCUCAAAUGAAACGCACAAUAGGGAUCUGAAAAUCCCAUUCAUCAGUGAAGUCAUCAUGGAAAGAAGUUGCAAACACCAUGCUAGGCUUAGCGACCAUCCAAACCCACUGCUGCCAUCGCUAUUAGAUCCCACUGAGACCAGGAGACUGAAAAGGAAAUUGCCACUAGACUUGCAAGACUGA